AUGGACGGCACCGGAUUAAUUUAUCACCCGACGGCAACCGUCUGGUCAAAUUCGGUAUAUGCAAAAAGACCUCGAACGCUUAAUGAGGAGUUUCGGAUACCGUUGCUUGAAGCUCCUGAAAUUACUUCGGCUUUGGAAAUUCAAAAUCAAGAGGCAGCUUUGCUAAAGUCACUGGUCUUAAAAGACCUCGGAAUUUUGAAGUUCCCAAUUUUACAAAAUUGUGAUCCUUUUACGCCGACGUACCCUUCAUCUCUUUCUACUCUCCCUUCCGCUAUGCUUCCACAGGCGACAAUAACCCCACACGCUUUGGAAGAAAAUCCCAGUUCUUCACUGUGCAAAACACAUAGUGGAAGUUUAAAGUUAUCACCAGACUCCUGCUUUACACCUGUAACUUCUCAGAACACUCCUUUGAAACCUGAAUUCAAAAAUCUAGCUAAUUUUUCCGUCGAUCAGUUGCUAAGAAAUUCAAGCUGUGAAGACAAACUAAAUUACGAAUGGAAAAAAUCUCUGAAAACGGUUCGAGAGACCCAUUAUGUUUCCAAAAGGAAACAAAGGACAGUGUACUGCAGUAACCAAACGCAAGCUCUCGAGAAAGCCUUCAAAGUCCAACAGUAUGUUGUAGGAACCAGUACGUUCUAA